GCAGUGUAUGAAAUAGCUACAGAAGGACUUCUUUCGUUGCUAUUGACUUAAUUUAUGUGUCAUUAGACACCUUUUUUUGAGGAUGACUCCUGUGGCUCAUUUGAUUGUUCUAAAUAGUGUACUGUCCCUUUAAAAAAAAAGUCCUUCCCGGUCUCUCUUCACUGUUUUUACCGGCCACGUUUCCCCCCUCUAAACUAUACUGUACUUACUUGUCUUUGGUGUCGGUCUUCAACCUAUUUCUCUGCUCUUGUUUCCAUUGUUACUCUGUCCGAUCAUGGCAGCUCAUUCUAUCGACGAACCGUUCCCUUUCCACGGGUUGCUCCCUAAAAAAGAGACCGGCGCUGCGUCUUAUCUCACUAGGUUCCCCGAGUACGAUGGACGGGGUGUUGUCAUUGCUAUCCUCGACACUGGCGUGGACCCAGGGGCCCCGGGCAUGCAGACCACGACGGAGGGCAAGCCGAAGAUCGUUGACAUCAUCGAUACGACAGGCAGUGGAGAUGUCACCAUGGCGACGGUGGUGGAGCCUAAAGACGGAGAGGUGACCGGGCUGUCCGGGAGGACGCUCAAGAUCCCUCAUGCCUGGGAUAAUCCAUCAGGAAAGUAUCACAUUGGGAUCAAACAUGGAUAUGAGUUGUUCCCUAAAGCUCUCCGAGAGAGAAUCCAGAAAGAGCGAAAGGAGAAAAUGUGGGAUCCAGCACACAGAGCAGCUCUGGCCGAAGCCAGUCGUCAGGCAGAACAGUUUGACCUUGCUCACCCCUCCCCCUCACAGGCUGAGAAGCUGCAGAAGGAGGAGCUGCUGUGUCAGUCCGAGAUCCUGGCGUCUCUGGAGAAGAAGUACAACGACCCGGGUCCGGUCUAUGACUGUCUGCUGUGGAACGACGGAGACACCUGGAGGGCUGUGGUAGACACCUCAGAGACUGGAGACCUGUCCAGCUGCACGGUCCUGACCUCCUACAGAGAGAAGCAGGAGUUUGCUACUCUGGGAAACGCUGAGAUGCUCAACUACUCCGUUAACAUCUACGACGAAGGAAACACUCUCUGCAUCGUCACCAGCGGAGGGGCUCAUGGGACACACGUGGCGAGCAUAGCAGCAGGCCACUUCCCAGAUGAGCCGGAGCGGAACGGCAUUGCCCCCGGCGCCCAGAUCCUGGCGUUGAAGAUCGGAGACACGCGCCUCAGCACCAUGGAGACGGGCACCGGACUCAUCCGCGCGAUGAUAGAGGUGAUCAACUAUAAAUGUGACCUGGUUAACUACAGCUAUGGAGAAGCUACCCACUGGCCCAACUCAGGGAGGAUCUGUGAGGUGAUUGGUGAAGCGGUUCAGAAACACAACGUAUUAUUUGUGUCCAGCGCUGGGAACAACGGGCCCUGUCUGUCUACUGUCGGCUGUCCUGGAGGGACUACUGCUGCUGUUAUAGGCGUGGGGGCGUAUGUGACUCCAGACAUGAUGGUUGCAGAGUAUUCUCUGAGAGAGAAGCUUCCUCCGAACCAGUACACCUGGUCGUCUCGGGGCCCCAGUACCGACGGGGCCCUGGGGGUCAGUAUCACCGCUCCGGGGGGGGCCAUCGCCUCCGUACCCAACUGGACUCUCAGAGGAACCCAGCUGAUGAAUGGUACCUCCAUGUCGUCCCCCAACGCCUGUGGAGGGAUCGCCCUGGUGCUGUCAGGUCUGAAGCAGAACGGUAUCCGUCCAUCGGCCUCUGCGGUGAGGAGAGCUCUGGAGAACACGGCUCUGAAGGUCGACGACAUCGAGGUGUUCGCACAGGGACACGGAAUCAUACAGGUGGACAGAGCUGUAGACUACCUGACCCAGCAUGCCUCUCUCACCGCUAACCUGGGCUUCACUGUUACCGUGGGAACGCAGCGAGGCAUCUACCUCCGAGACCACCAGGUCCUGUCCCCCUCCGACCACGGGGUCGGCAUCGAACCCGUUUUCCCCCGAAAUUCCUGUUUGACAGAGAACACGGAGCGUAUUUCUCUGCAACUGCACCUGGCCCUGACAUGCUCCGCCUCCUGGGUGCAGUGUCCCUCCCACCUGGAGCUCAUGAACCAGUGUCGUCAUGUUCAACAUCAGAGUCGAUCCCCUGGGGCUCCGAAGGAGGGACUGCAUUAUACUGAGGUGUGUGGUUAUGACACAGCGUCCCCCAGCUCUGGCCCUCUGUUCAGAGUCCCCAUAACGGUAAUCAUCCCCACCAAAGUUCCUGAGGGCCACAGUCAGGAGGUUCUGUUCACAGAUGUCCACUUCAGACCAGGACAGAUUCGACGACACUUCAUCACGGUUCCACGGGGAGCCUCCUGGGCAG